UCUGCAGAGGGGAACUCCAAGCUUUGAUUUGAUUAAACAAGCAAGCACGUGGAGGCAGCCUGUAGCUGGGUUUGGAACUGCUGAAAAGGGUGGAUUUGCUGUAAGUAGCUCUUUGUGGCAGGAAAACAACCCUGCACUGGAGAAGAAUGGCUGAGGCUGGAGCCCUGCUUUUCUCUGCUUGCUCUGCCAAAGAGUUCUGUUAAAAUCCCGUGUGGGAUGGCGGCUUGGGUGCCGAGCCCGUAGGGCUGCCGGCUUCACGCAGCACGUUUGUUUUGCACGCACCAAACUUGAAACCCCUGCACCGGCAGCACUGAAAUCUCUGCAGGGCAGCGAGCGUUGUGUUCCCGUCCAGCGCUGCCUUUUCCACUCCCACCCGCAACAAGUGAAAGAGCCGAACGGGCACAGCGAGAGCCCCAAACCUGCCCCGUGCACAGAGCAAGACCCAGAGGAAGCUGUAGAUGGAUCAUCUGCUGAAUCCCAAAGCAGCUUCAAGGAAGACAGCUGUCCUCAGCCCAGCGCCCAGACUCCAUUUCCACUAUGGUCUGCGAGCACUUCUGCAGCUCUUAAAAGUGGUCAACCACCAGCAAUGUGCUUCUGGCCCCAAAACCCCGAGUGCCUCAUCCAGGAGGGUCCUGAUGCAGAGGACAACUCGCCUAUUAUGUCUAGCCGAUGAAGAUGUCACGGCGGUUCCUGCAUCUCUCCAGUCACCCUCUAAUGUCUGCCAAUCCAAGGACUUCAUUCGCUGCCUGCCGCCUCACCUUUCCAUGUACAUCCUGGGGCUUUUGGAUCAAAAAUCCCUCAAUACCUCUGCUGCUGUGAGUAGAUGCUGGGCUUUUCUGGCCAAAGAAGUCAAGAGGGAACGUGUGUGUCACAGCAUAGUACAGGAGAAGAUCCUGUAUUUGCAGGGCUUGUGCCCUAGAGGAGCCGUUUCAAACUAUGCUAAAACAGUUGAUGUGACAAUUCCGCAGUUAAAUGAAGAGGGUGAUGUCAUCGAAGUGAAAGGCCGCAAUUGUGGAAGCAAAACGAAGGAGGAGGAAGACAAUCUGCAGGCAGCCUAUCAUGAUCUGAAAACUGAUACAAUCCAGCUGGAAGAGAGAAAUGUCUUCUGUGGCUCCUACAAUGUUCGUAUUCUCAUGGACCAGUCAGACCGAAGCAGAAUAAUCCAUUACAGUGGUGGAAACUUGGUAGCCAUUGGCUCUUCAGACCGAAAAGUGAGGCUUCUUGGUAUGUCAGGAAUGAAAGAAGUGCCUCCUCUGCUCUCUGGCCAUGCUGGGAGCAUCAAAGCGCUCUUCCUCAAUGAGAAGAAAGGGUUCAUUCUCAGCGCAGGCUUCGAUCUCAGCAUCAGAUGCUGGAAUAUAUACAGUGGUGCUUGUGUGAAAAUCUUUAAUGGUCACUGUGGGACGAUCACCUGCUUGGAUUUACACGAAGAGCAGUUUGUGUCAGGAGCCAGAGAUGGGAUGGCGAAAGUGUGGAACCUGGAGAGUGGGAAAUGUCUCAAGACUCUGAAGCACAACAGUGCUGUCUGGGCAGUUAAAAUGGAUGGCACCCGUGUUGUCAGUGGGUGUGACCGAGGGCUGGUGAAAGUCUGGUGUGCUGAUACGGGCACUCUGAUCAAAACGUUAGAGGGGCACCAAGGCCCAGUUAAGUGCUUGUCCUUUGAUCCCUGGCACCUAGUCACAGGAAGCACCGAUGGAUAUGUCCUGGGAUGGAGCAUGUUGGGAAACCUGAAGAGAUGCCUAAUAGCUUUCCGCCACCCUAAGGAAGUUCUGUCUCUGGAGUUCCUCUACCUCAGAGUCAUCAGUGGCUGUGCUGAUGGAAAAAUUCGUAUAUUUAACUACUUGACUGGAAGCUGCCUGAAAGUGUUGAUGGCCAAUAGCCGAGGGGACCCCAUAUCUUCUUUCUGUGUUGCAGGAAACAGGAUGGUGAUCAAUUCACCAACUAGCCUGUUGAUGUUCCAGUUUGAGGGUGUCAGGUGGGACUACACCGUAGAUGCUGACAGAGAGAUGACGGGGAAGAAAAAACAGCGCAACGGGACUUCAAGCAGAACACCGCUUCACCUUCAGCGAACGGAACGUCACGGCCUCAGCCAGGUUCAUCAACUUGCUCUGGAGACACAAGCUCUCUGCUAUGAACUGAUGAAAUCAGCAGCUUGCCAGCAACAGCAGCCUUUUCUCAAGAUCGAAAAGGCUUUUCACAUUCAGGCAGAGCAGCAGAAAAAGCUUUUCAUUCCCGGCACCACACAACCCCAUGCCUUUGCCUCGGGAAAGUCAGCGAGAGCAUGUUCUGCAAGACUCCUGGCAGAUACAGAUGGCAAAUCUGAACAUGGCCCUUCUCUCUAUGCACCUGCACAUCCUGACAGGGCAGAAGCCACUCUGCAGCAUGAAAAGAGAAGAGGUCCAAGUCGUCCGAUGUCCCUUGACAAGUUCCUCUUAACUGUCAGCAUGCUGCAGAACGCCUGCAAGGCAGCCCCAGUCAGCUCCAGUAUUAAGCACGCUGUAAAAGUCAGGGAAGCAUGGGAACCUCCAUGGGAACAUCAGCAACACCGCCCUGAAAAGGUACAAAUAUACAAAACCCCUCUGCAACACAAAAAGGAUCAGACAGUCCGGCUCCAACGUGUGAGAUUGCACAGUGAUUCUCUGACUAUGAAAAGAAUUUCUAUACCCUUUGAAACGAAAAAGCUGCAGCUCAAGCUGAAAAACUCUCUGCAUGGACCCACUGUGAAUUCCUCCAUCCCCGCUCCCUCAGUCGUACGUCCCAAGACUUGUUGUGGUUUGCUGCGAAAAAAGAAAGCUCACAGUGGGCAUGGUGAAGUCAUUCCUCUCCCUGAAGAUGGGGUUCAGCUUAUCGAUCCCUUUACGGCUUCUUCUGAACUGAUCAAAUCAACAUGUGUGAUGACUGCACAAAUGAAAAACGAAGCGGUUUCCAGGAGAAAGAAGCCCUUUUGUCCGUAUGCUGCAGACCCUUCCCGGAGUGACAGUGGGCUCAGGCUUCUGACAGGAAAACAGAAGGAGGCGUAUGAGGCAGCUACUGUAGCUCAGUAUCAGGCACACCAGACAAAGCUCAUAGAAGAUCAGCAAAAAGCAUGCAAGAAGGCCUGGUUACGGAAAAUUAAAGGCCUACCUAUAGACUCUUUUACUGAUGAGGGGAAAAUAGCUGCUCCUGAACUUGGGCUUAAUACAUUUAUCUGAGGUAAUCCCUUAGUUCAACAACCAAGCAGUAUCUGAGGAUUCUGGUGUCCAGCUGAGUCUGCCACAUCAAGAUCCCUGUGGUUUCUAAGUAUAAAAGACAUCUCCACUCUAAGUUUUUCUAAGAGAGGUUCUUGGUAUAUUCAGCUAUUUCUCAAGGCAGCGAGUGGACUGAGUCCUCUCCUGGAUUUAUCUUGCUAGACCUGCUGUUACUACAGACACAGCACUGUUUGAUGCUAAUAUGGCUCAACUGUGUGUCAAUAAUAAUAAAAAAUAAAAAAAAUCUUAUUAGAGUUUGUGUGGAUUGAUUAGACUUUAGAAGCUGAAGAA